AGCAUGGGUUUCGGCUGCAAGAGUCACUGGGUCCUUUUCAACACUUUUCUCAUUUUAGUCUCUGCCUUGAAAGAGCAAUUAGGACCUGAACCCAUCAAUCCGAAUAAUAAGGAUGUCCAGAGCGCCUUGGAUUUUGCCGUGGAAUCGUUCAACAGAUUCUCGAUGGAUGAUCAUCUCUUCAAAGUUACUCGGGUGAUGUCAGCACAAGUGAAGGAUAUCGGUGGUCUGUUGUACUUUCUGGAAGUUGACCUAGGAAGGACACAGUGCAAAAAAGGAACAAACGAAGCAUUAAGAUCUUGCUUUGUUGUCAAUACUCCAGGAGGGUCUGAGCAUCACCUUUGCCACUUUAAAGUGUUGAAUACUUUUUGGCGCAAUGAAAAAUACCUUCUCAAAAGUAACUGCAAACCUGUUAACAGAUAGGAGGUGGAUAAUGUGUGUUCCUUGUCACACCUGGACUCAACUUCAGAAACCUUACUAACUUCACCAGCAGACCUAUAGCACACCUUCAAUUAACAUCUCACAUUAAGCUCUACAUAUAUCUAUGACUGUUCUUAAUUUUGAUUUCUUAUUUUCAAUAUCUACACUUGUUAUUACACUGAUCCAAUUUACAGAUAUCUCAAAGUUUACCAUGAUGUGU